CGGGAGGAAGGCGCGACCACGCAAAAAUGACAUCACGUUGGUUCCCCUUGAGUCCAAUCAGUGUUCUGCGAGGGAGAAGAAGGUCCGGUUCCGUUUGCACCUUCCAAAGAGUACAAAAUGUGGCUCAAAUCUGCUUCUCUGUCUGUUCUUCGAGGUCCAACAUCUGCAGCAAGACUGUAUCAGGCAUCGAACCUGCUGAAGCACCGAACCGCCACUGCGCUCUCGACAGCAGCGAGGUCCCUAUCGACAAGCCUAGUAGCGAGAAAAAUGUCGGCCAAGGGCGGAAAAGAUGGCACCUUCCAGCCCGUCAAGGAGUCUCAGGCCCAGAAUCUGCCAGGGCUCGAGAAGGACAUGAAGCCCACCAGCGAGCCCACAAAGCUCGAGGGCAAAAACGAGUUCCAAGAGUAUCGCGCGGCCAACAAGCUGAGUGGCGUCAAGGCCUUCAUCACGGGCGGAGACUCUGGAAUUGGUCGGUCGACGGCCGUCUUGUUUGCGCGCGAGGGCGCCGACGUCACCAUAGUGUACCUGCCCGAGGAGGAGGAGGACGCACGCGAGACUAAGAGGCUGGUCGAGAAGGAGGACCGCCAGUGCCUCCUGUUCGCGGGCAACCUGAUGGACAACUCGACGUGCCAGAAGGCGGUGCAGGCGCACGUGGACAAGUUCGGCAAAAUCCACGUGCUGGUCAACAACGCGUCCAAGCAGGUCAUGUGCGACAAGAUCGAGGAGAUUGACCUGGACGACGUCCAGAGCACGUUCCAGAGCAACAUCAUCCAGAUGUUCGCCAUCACCAAGUUCGCGGUGCCGCACAUGGAGAAGGGCGGCUCCAUCAUCAACACGACGUCGACGGUGGCGUUCCGCGGCACGGGGUCCAUGGUGGACUACGCGGCGACAAAGGGCGCCAUCGCGUCCUUCACGUACGCGCUGUCCAAGCAGCUCAUGCCACGCGGCAUCCGGGUCAACGCGGUCGCGCCGGGCCCCGUGCACACGCCGCUGCAGCCGGCGUCGAGGCCGGCCGAGCAGAUGGAGGGCUUCGGCAAGCAGUCGGGCCUCGGCCGCGUCGGGCAGCCGAGCGAGAUCGCGCCGAGCUUUGUGUUCCUGGCGUCCAAGGACGCGACGCUGUACCACGGGCAGAUCCUGCACGCAUAUCCCCUGGGCGACUAGGUAAACAGCUUGGAUGGGAAUUGGGAUAGGCCGAGGGUGAUGGAAAGGGAUUGAGAAGGUUGAGGAACCCUUGGCCCAUUCUAGAUGGCCAGAAUCAAUAAUAUCUGCUCUUCACAAUGAAGCCCACAUGGAGGUGUGCUGGUGGGGACAGCGGGUGGGGCCGGAAAUGCGGCCAACUGGACCUCGGUUGGUUUCCGGCAGUUGGAUUUCUCCUUUGAUG